GUGAGCCGGCAUUCAUUCUUGUCGUGAGGUACCGGCGGCAGUGGUAAUCGGUAAUAGUGGUAGCAUCCUGCGAAAAGAAAGACAGCAAUAGAAGAGAAGAAAGGCGGGGAGGUUAACUGAGACGCGCGUCCGGUUUGCUACCCUGCACUGAGAGAAGGAUAUAGGGCAGUAUCCUUGUCGUGAUAGUCCUCGAACGGGAAGGAACACUGCUCGCACUGUGGCUCGGGAAACGAAAAAAAGCAUUGUGCAUUAUGAUACGUCGCAGUGCACUGUCUCUCCGAAGGAUGCCGCUACUGCUGAUGCUGCUGCUUCUCGCCGUCAACCCGGCUUGCCUUGAAGGGAAACCAGUGAAUGAAGAAAGGACCGACAACUCAUCGACGGCGGUCAACUCCACGAGCAGACGGCGGGAGAUUGGUGUUCACGGAGUUCCCAUCCAUCAAGGUCAGCGCAAGCUCGGUGUCGAGAAGGGUCCACAGUUCCUGCGCGACGCCGGACUCCUCGACAAGCUCAGAGAACUCGGUCACAAGGUCGAGGACCUCGGCGACGUUCGCGUCGAAGGCAAGCCCAACGUCACCGACUGCGGCGCGAUCGAGUCGGACGUCGUUGGACAGACCAACAAGAACGUGCGAGACGCCGUGGCAAAGGUGCUUCGAUCGGGCCGGGUCUCGCUGAACCUGGGCGGAGACCACAGCUUGUCCAUCGGCAGCGUCAGCGGACACGCCAAUUCCACGGACUCGGAAGUGGCGCUCAUCUGGAUAGACGCGCACGGUGACAUCAACACCCCCAGCUCCUCCACGUCAGGCAACAUCCACGGCAUGCCGCUCUCCUUUCUCGUGCACGAGAUGGAACCGUACGUGGUGAAACCCAAAGGACUUGAGUGGGUGCAGCCCUGCGUCCGAAAGGACAACCUGGCCUACAUUGGUUUGAGGGACGUUGACCCUAGCGAGAGGUACUUCAUGGACCAGCUUGGCAUAAGGACGUACGACAUGGGCGACGUCGACCGCCUGGGUAUCCGGAACGUCGUGCAGAGAAUACUGCAGGAGAUAAACCCGACGGGAGACAAGUCCUUGCAUAUCAGCUUCGACAUCGACACCAUCGACAAGUUAGUUGCACCGAGCACGGGAACACCAGUCUUAGGAGGACUCACUCUUCGGGAAGCGUUGGUCAUCGCGGAAGAAGUCAGCAAGUCUGGCCAGCUCAGGGUGCUCGACCUCGCCGAGGUGAACCCACUGCUGGGCGACGAGCAGGACGCCGGCAACACCGUCGACUGCGGCGUGAAGCUGGUCGACGCGUUUUUCGGCAGCCCUCGCGGCGGACACCAGCCUCUCGAGCUCGACGCGAAAGUCAUCGAUCCGCACGGCGCGUCCCGCCCGUGAAACAGCGGUGUGACCACGUGACCCCACCGCCCACGCACAUACGGCGACAAGGAAUCUGCGCAUUCGGGAGGAAUCGGGGGCCGGUUACAGGCGACGAAGAAAUAAGUGAACGAAUAAACUUUACUAAACUCC